AUGGGUAGGCGCACGCGUGUUCCCCUGCAGCUAGAUCACCGCGUCCGCAAACAACGAAGCGUGAAGGACCGCAGCUACGACUCGAUCAACCCAUCACUACCUUCUACCUCGUCGCAGUUGCGAGGCCGGUCAUACACGACUCUCCCCGUUACCGAAUCUCGGCGCAUUCGCAAGCUCCACGGCUGCAUCCUGCGCCAAACCUAUUGA